AUGGCGAGCAGGCAGAGAGAUGGUGAUGAUCCCCCAAGCUCAUUCAGUGCAAACUGGAGGUCCCUUUCUCUCCUCUUCAUCCUUGUGACUUCAGUGAACUCUUUGAAGAACUCUGACUUAGGUUCUGUCACUUGCAAUAAAGAGGAAGCAAUACUGAAGUUUAUUCACCCUAUAGACCUUAAGACAUGGGAUAUAAUUAUGCUUGGUACUGGUGUUGAAAGGCUGAAUUGCAAUUAUAUCUUGGGUCCAGAAGAAGUCACCUUGAUGGUUCCAUUUCAGACCUGUGCCAGAAAGAUGCUUAACCAGUAUCAGAUAAGUAUCGUUUUAAUAAAUACUCCUUCCAAAGAAAGGAACACUACAUAUUAUAUCAGCUGUCCUGCUGAAGAUGAAGAAGAUACUGAAUUUUUUGGAGCUACAAAGUGCCUGAAGGAUCUUAUGUCUUUCACCUUUGAGAAUUCUCCUCGAUUGGCUGAUGAAAGUUUGGAAGACUUCAGUCAAAUGGGAUGGAACAUUGUGAUUGAUGAAGCAGGAGCCCAAAGCCUCAGCUUAUAUGAAGCUACAAAACAAGGAUAUAAUGUACUAGUUGACAACAGAAAGAUCACCAUCCAAGUGUCAUUCAAUGCCACUGGAGUAACCUACUACUCGCAAGGCCACAGUCAUCUCUACACACUGCCUCUGCAGCUCAAUCAUGUAAGUCCAGGACAGAAGACCACCUUCUCUUCACAAAUGAUUUGUGUGACAGAUUUCGUGAUCUGUAAUGCUACACACAUGACUCUCACCAUACCAGAGUUUCCUGGAAAGCUAAAUUCUGUGAACGUUGAAAAUAAGAACAUUUACGUGAGUGAGUUGCACAACCAUGGGAUUCACAUCGAAGAAAAAAAUGGCUUGAGAUUGCAUUUCAGCAAGACUCUUCUCAAAACAAAACUUUCUGAAAAAUGCCUUUCCUACCAGUUCUACUUACCUUCCCUCAAACUAAAUUUUUUCUUUCAACGGAAGAUCAUAUCCAUGGUGGUUUUUCCUGAGUGUCUUUGUGAGACACCACUUUCUAUAGGUGAGCUGUGUACCCAAGAUGGGUUCAUGAAUGUUGAGAUUUAUAGCUAUCAAACAAAACCAGCUCUCAACUUGAGUACCCUCAGAGUGGGAGACUCAUCCUGCCAGCCUGCUUUCAAGACUUCAUCUCAGAGACUGGUCCAGUUCCAUAUACCCCUAAAUGGAUGUGGAACAACUUAUAAGUUCCAGGAUGACAAAGUCCUCUAUGAAAAUGAAAUACAUGCGCUCUGGACAGAUCUUCCUCCAAGAAAAAUUUCCAGAGAUAGUGAAUUCAGAAUGACAGUAAGGUGUUAUUACAUCAGGGAUAACAUGCUAAUCAACACCAAUGUUGAAAAUCUUCCUCCCCCAGUGGCCUCCGUGAAGCCAGGACCACUUGCUUUGCUCUUGCAAACCUACUCAGAUGAGUCCUACCUUCAACCUUAUGGGAACAAGGAAUACCCUGUCGUGAAAUAUCUUCGCCAACCAAUCUACCUGGAAGUGAAAAUCUUAAACAGGACUGACCCCAACAUCAAGUUGGUCUUAGAUGACUGCUGGGCAACACCCACCUCAGACCCAACCUCUCACCCCCAAUGGAAUAUGAUCGUGAAUGGAUGUGACUAUAACCUGGACAGCCACAAGACGACCUUUCAUUCAGUUGGCUCAUCCGUGCCCUAUCCUAAUCACUACCAGAGAUUUGAUGUGAAGACCUUUGCCUUUGUAUCACAAGCCCAAGUGUUCUCUAAUCUGGUCUACUUCCACUGCAGCUCCUUAAUCUGCAAUCAACUCUCUCCUGAUUCCCCUCUGUGUUCUGUGACUUGCAAUGUUACAGAGAGGAAGAAGCGAGCCACAGAGGUCACAGAAGAGAAAAUGAUAGUAAGUCUUCCAGGACCCAUCCUUCUGCUGCCAGAUGACUCUGCUUCAAUCAGAGAUGUUGUGGGCUCCAAAGGACAUGGAACUUCUGUGUAUGUUGCUUUUAGCGCUGUGGCUGUUGUGGUUACCUUGGCAAGCAUCAUUGUGGUGGUUGGCCUCAUCCAUCACCUACACAAGAAAAGAGCCAUGAUGUUAAAUUCCUAA